AUGGCUUCCAAACUUUCUUCUGUGAUAAUCCCCUCAGUGCAAAAGCACACGGCUACUGUUAUUUUUCUCCAUGGGCUCGGCGACAGUGGACAGGGAUGGUCCUUUUUGGCUCAAGAAUGGUCCCAUUUGAAACACAUUAAAUGGAUCUUCCCCAAUGCCCCACUUGCCCCCGUUACGGUAAAUGGAGGAAUGUGCAUGCCUUCUUGGUAUGACAUUUAUUCCUUUACUGCACUGGAUAAGGAAGACGAGGAAGGAAUGAUGCGCUCUCGUAAUUACGUUCAAGGACUUAUUGAGGCUGAAAUGAAGGAUGGCAUUCCGAGCGAGCGUAUACUGCUGGGUGGAUUCUCCCAAGGCUGUAUGAUUUCGUUCCUUGCUGGAUUGACUUUUCCUAAAACAUUGGCCGGUCUUGCUUGUCUUUCGGGCUUUUUGCCAAUUCCAGAGACGCUGAAACGUUUAUUCAGAGACGAAGCAAAGAAGACUCCUAUAUUCCUUGCCUACCAGUCCUAUGACCCUGUAAUUCCCUCUGCUCUCAGUGCCGCAGCCGCGAAGACUCUUGACUCUUCCUUUGGCUGUAACGUUUCCAGCAAAUGCUAUGAUGGUUUUGAGCAUGGUUUAACCCCACUUUCCUUCAAAGACCUCGGAACGUUUGUCGAAACCGUAAUCGGUAAACCUUAA